GGCAUAAAAGCGCGUGUUGCCGUGUUACAGACGCUGCUGUUCCUGCAGAGUCCGCGGCCAGAGUGACUGCAGGCAGCUGAGACAGAGCCGUAAUAUGUGAUAUGACCAACCUUUAAUACAUUUAUGUUUAUGGGGAAAAGUAAAGAUACAUAAAAGCUCUUUGUCAUGCCUGAGGAUGCUCCUUCCAGCAGUCCUGCUGUAGAUCAGGAGCUUUCAGCAAUCCUGAAUGAGUUGUGGAAGCUGGACGUGAACCGUGUGAAGCCGGGAAAAGACUACACCAUCAAUCUACAGGGGAAGGCUGAUUAUGUGGCCCAGGGCAGUAACAGUGCCAGAGACAAAGCCAGUGCUCCUCUGUUCACAUACGUCAAUGAGGAUAAACUCAAAAGCAUUGCCACAUAUGCUAGCUUCAUAAACCUUUUGGACAACUACGAGAUGUCCACAGGUGUGGCGGAGAAAGUGACUAGUGAGGAGCUGGAGGAGAAUAACAUCUUCCUCAAUGCCAUCCUACAGACCCAGGUCAUGAAGCGUGCACAUGAGUAUUUAGUCAGUAAAGGACAAGCCUCCUCUGACGUAGCUCAGUUUAAAAAGCAGCUCUUUGACAUCUGGUUCAAACUCUAUCACAGAGACAGAAGUGGAGGUGAAGACUCAUGUGGAUUUGAACAUGUGUUUGUUGGUGAGACUAAGUACGGGAAAGAGAUCAUGGGCCUUCAUAACUGGGUUCAGUUUUACCUGCAGGAGAAGCUGAACUGUAUAGACUACAAGGGCUACAAAGCCAGAGAUAAAGACAUGCCAGAUGUGAACGAUCACGUCAUUAACCUGCAGUUCAGCUGGAAAGGCCUGGUGAAGCCAGUGGGCAGCUCCUUCAUUGGCGUUAGCCCAGAGUUUGAGGUGGCACUCUUCACCAUCAUCUUCCUCAAGAGUAAUGAGCGUCUUACCAACGCCGUUGUCAAAGUGAACGAGUACAUGCUGGAGGUCGUGGUGUGUCGACAUGGACGUGCUAUUGGAACGUCCUACCCCAAACUGCUCAGCAGCAACAACAGGGAUCUGUAGUUUCCCUACUGAACAGGUUGUAAGGAUUUAAGUUUCUUCUGUGUAGCCUUAUAAUCUGCACCGUUAUUAUAAGCAAUAGCUCUUAGUUUCACAAGCAACAUUGAGUCUUUACAUUAAAAUUGGAACUGUUUACAUGAUAAUCUGUUACUGACCAGGAAUAUAGUGCUGUUUCUUAUGAACUCUAUACGUAAGUGCCUUCACAGAUCUUAAAAAUGUCCACUACAGCCCAGUGCUCUCAAAUAUGGAUAAACGUUAAAACUAAUUUAGGUAAUUAUGUUGGUUGCAGCUACUUUUGGUGUUUUUAAGGACAGGGAAAUAUAUUAAGUUGUAGUCAUGAAUAUUUGUUAAUGGUCUAUUAGAAUUUAAAGCGUACUAUUUUGUACUACUUAAUAACCUGAGAAUAUCUUCAGGUCCAGAAAUAUUUGUUGUGGUUGGAUCAGCAUGUAAUAAAGAAGGAAAACAAAUAUGUCCGUUUUCAGAAUGCCCAUCCAUAUUUUGAAAAAAAUAAACUGAAUUUGUGUCAUUUAAAACA